AUGGGUGCAAAAUUGAGUGUCUACAAUAACAUAUUACACUUAGCAAUGAUGUUUGAACCUUCCGCUAGACGUAAUUCGGUUCCAGGAGCAGCUUUUCUUAUGCAAAGAGAAGUACAAUGGUAUAAGGAGGUGGAGAGCAUUGUCCAUCCUUCCAUAUUAGAAAGGAAAAACUCAAAUGGUAAAAGACCUCGAGAAUUGUUUAUAGCAAGCCAUAAAGAGUUGGUGAAAGGAGAAAAAUGGAUGAAGGGGACAGCAUCUUCUUGUACAGUGGUAGCUGCUCUGAUUGUUACCAUUAUGUUUGCAGCAACAAUUACUGUUCCAGGUGGCAACAAACAUUAUUCAGGCUUUCCAAUUUUCUUAAAUGAGAAGGUGUUUAUGCUCUUUAUAAUAUCUGAUGCUUUGUCUCUACUUUCUUCCUCAACUUCAUUGUUGAUGUUUCUUGGCAUUCUCACAUCAUGUUAUGCAGAGGAAGAUUUCCUUAGAUCCUUAUCCAUAAAGAUGAUGAUAGGCCUUUCCACCCUUAUCCUCUCCAUAGCAACCGCGAUGAUAACACUUUGUGCUUCUCUUUUUAUUAUUCUACAAGGAAAAUCAUGGGUGGUCAUUCCUGUCAUUUGUCUUGCUAGUGUUCCAAUUACCCUAUUCGCAUGGAUGCAAUUUCACCUUCUUAUUGACAUGGCCAUUUCAACAUAUGGAUCAAGGAUCUUAGGCAAGAAAGUGAAGUAUGGGUUGUAA